AUGGCAACCUCAACACCAAUCCAACGACUAGAGUUUGCUGAAAAGAUUUGCAACCGUGAUCUUCGAGGAUAUGUCUUGUACUCGAAAGAAAGUGCGUGGAUCUGGGUCGGAGAGAGUAAAAUCGAAUCGAUCGGGCUCGCGCACUUCCCAAACUUCACAAUGCUCGUUGACGGGGAGAACACACAGCGAGAAUUCAUCAAAUCGACUACUCUCCGGCUAACGAAAAUGUCAAAGUUUACACAGGUAUUCUUCACAACUGACAUCGAAUGCGAAGAAGGCCUCUUCUGGAAAGCGCUCAACGAUAACAUUCUCGCCAAGCUGACCGCGAUCAAUUCAGAAUGA